GAUUCAUGGAUCAGACAAACUGCACCCACGUCACACAUUUCAUUCUUGUGGGCCUCACAGAUCGUCAGGAACUGAAGAUGCCCCUCUUUGUGGUAUUCUUAUCCAUCUAUCUUUUCACAGCAAUAGGCAACCUGGGACUGAUUCUAGUCAUUAGAGCAGAUGCAAGACUCAACACGCCCAUGUACUUUUUCCUUAGCAACCUGGCUUUUGUUGAUUUCUGCUACUCUUCUGUCAUUACACCCAAGAUGCUGGGGAAUUUCCUGUAUAGCAAAAAUUUCAUAUCCUUCAAUGCAUGUGCUGCCCAGUUAGGCGGCUUUCUCACAUUCAUGGUAUCAGAGUGCUUGUUACUGGCUUCCAUGGCAUAUGAUAGAUAUGCAGCCAUUUGUAACCCUCUACUAUAUAUGGUCACAAUGUCCCCCGGAAUCUGCAUUCAGCUUGUAGUUGUGCCCUAUAGCUAUAGCUUCCUGAUGGCAUUGAUUCACACUCUUCUCACCUUCCGCCUGUGCUAUUGUCAUUCCAAUAUCAUCAAUCACUUCUACUGUGAUGACAUGCCUCUUCUCAGACUAACUUGCUCAGACACUGACUACAAACAGCUGUCGGUUUUGGCCUGUGCUGGAAUCACAUUCAUUUCUUCUGUUCUGAUUGUUUCUAUCUCCUACGUGUUCAUUGUUUCUGCCAUUCUUAGGAUGCGCUCAGCUGAAGGAAGACGCAAAGCCUUUUCUACCUGCAGCUCUCAUAUGAUGGCUGUAAGCAUCUUCUAUGGAACUCUUAUCUUUAUGUACUUACAGCCAAGUUCUGACCACUCUCUUGAUACAGAUAAGAUGGCCUCUGUCUUCUACACAAUGAUCAUCCCCAUGUUGAACCCCUUGAUCUAUAGCCUCAGGAACAAGGAUGUGAAAGAUGCCCUGAAGAAAGUCAUCAACAGUAGAAACCGGACUUCUGUGUUUAGAGAACUAAGAAAAUAAUUUCGAUAAACAAACAUAGACA